CAUCAAAACUGGUAUCCCAUGAAGCACCACGGUACGGUACGGCCACGGCAACGAUUUCGGCGUCCAAAAUGGCCGAUAAGUCUUCUGCGAACAAUCGUAAAUUUCGAAUCAAACAACAGCCAAACUUCGUUGCUUCCGCUAGCAGUCCACCAAGUGAUCACAUGAUUGACCAGAUUCAUCAGAUUUCACACCAGACACGAGUUAAAAUAUCAAGCUUGAAGCAAGAAGUUGCAAAGAAGGAUCAGGAGGUGAAGCGAGAGCAUGCUAUGAGAAAGGCAGCGGAAAGACGUGACCAGGACAAGACUUCAGAAGGUACAUACAUUGACCCUUAUGCUGGCUCUAGUCCAUCAGUGAAUGAAGAAUUAAAACAAUGGUUGUCUCCUGGGGCUCAGCGAAAGAGAUUGAUGGGAAGAGGAAACUCCCCCCCUGAGAGGAAGGAAAGGACCCCAACACAUAGCAGACCAAGACAUCAAGGUGAUGAGGCAGAAGGUCAGGAGCAGAUGACGGCUGAUAGCUACUACAGCUCAGAAGAAGACAGAAGGAUGGGAGAGAGAAAGUCAAAGAGGCGUGGUCAAGGCAGAAAAGACUAUGGUGAUGAAGAAUGGGAUGAAAGGUCCUCAUACAGUAGAAGAAGGCAUGAUCCAUCAGGCUGGUAUGCAGAGUAUGGUCCCCCUCCACCCCCACCACACCUUGCUUAUACUGCUCAUAACCCUUGGAUCAGUCCACAUCGUGUGCCUCCCAUUCCAUCUUAUGACCCACGUCUCCUUCACACCAUUGGACCAGAAUACCCUUCUUAUGCUAUACCUCAUCACGCAGCUUCUACACCGGCUCAUCAGCGCAGGCACAGCUCGGGAGAACCCAAUCAUGCAUUUACUGUCCCAACACUAGUGAUUCCAACCCAGACCAAAGAGAGUGGUCAGGGAGAUCACUCAAGGGGCAAUGCAGACAUGGUCACACUGCAACAUUCUAGCCCUCAGAACCAGUCCUCAGUAGCUCCUCAACAGAUCCCUGUGACAAUCCAGAUCCAGCAGUCUCCUAGUAGUACUCAACAAGACAGAUCUCCACAACCAUUCACUUCCAUGACAGAAUCAGCAACAAAAGGAGAUUCUCGGUUGAAUAAGAGUGAUAGAUCAGAUACUGUGACCACUGGGGUAGGAACCAGUCCUCUCCAAAUGCCUAUAAUGAAUGCACACUUUGAUGAAAGAGGGCUUCCAAUGUUGCUAGAAGAGCUUGGAACUACUAAAGAUAAGAAUAAAGUAUUAUCUGAGAAGUGUUCUGAAGCAAAGCUAGAGAUUGAGUCUUUAAAAAUGCAGCUUGGUGUGAAAGAUGCCAUGUCAGAAGCAGAAAUCGCAGCCAAAGGAGCAGCUCUAAUAGAGGAGAUAUACACUGCCCAGAGGGAGCAUGAUGAGGCCAUCAUGAGCCGCCUAACGCUAGCCAAUGAUGAGAGAGAUGAUGCCUUUGCCAGACUUCAGAGGUAUCAUUCUAAAGAUGGCUUUGAUUCUGGGACAGAUGUCAAUUCCAAUGAAGAAGACAACAUUCCUACUGAUGGUAGCCUCAACAAUUUGCUGACAAGGUUGACAGUAGCUGAUAACAGAUCAUCAAUCAACAAGUACGGUUCAGCCAUUGUUGGACGUAUCUCAAAAACCAAAGGAAGGAGAGAAGAGAUCACCUCAGAAGAGAUGAGAGCCAUUCUAAAAGAAAAGGAUAUUGCUGUAGCAAAGUGCAAAAAGCUUGAACGCGAAGUAAUUGAGUUGAAAAGAAACAAAGAAAGCUCUAAGUCAAGGAACAACAAUGAAAAAUCUCUGAAGGCACAACUUGAUAUCACCCGUGAUGAGAGAGAUAUAGCCUUAGUUGCUGCCAAGAAGCUUAAGGAUGAGAUUGAAUCAUUAAAGGUCUAUUACAGCCUUCACAAGUCCCUAUCUCAAGAGGCUAACCUGAGAGACCAAUUCAACAACACACUAGGAAGCAUUGAAGAGCAAGUAAAGACAAGGGAUGAAGUCUUAGCCCGAACCCAACAGAACAACAGCCAGUUAGCUCAACAGGUCAGAGCAGCCAACGAUGAACGAAACAAGAUGGUUGUCCAACUUCAAAGAUAUGAGCAAGAGAAUCAGCAUCUCAAGAGUAAAACACAACAAUUGGAACGUCUUGUGGCAGUGCUCAGGAAGAAAGUAGCUGAAGGGACAGUCAAGACAGUUAGAUGAGAUCAUUCUGCAUCAACAAUUCAGGCAGAUAGUGAAUAAGAUUUAGGUAAACUUUAAAGACACAUAGGCCCGUAUUCUGAAGUCAGGUUUAACUUAGACCAUGGUCUAACUCUGUGCUAAAAUUAUGGGAAGCCAAAAUUCAAAAAUUCUUUUUAUAUUACAUAUUUCUUAUGUUUAGUAUUUUGUUUCCUUUUGAUUUCAUAUUGAAGAAAAAUACCUCAAUAUACUUCAGUUAUUAUUCCCAGAUAAUUUGAGUGUCCGUUUGAGUUAAAAACUUGGAUGUGUACUGUUAGGGUUAGGGACUUUCCAUAGUUAAACCACAACUUUAAACCAGGGUUUAAUUUUAAUUUGAACCCGACUUCAGAAUAAGGGCCAUAGAUUCCAGAUAAAGUGUUUAUGAAAUAUUCAUUUUUUUGUCUCACCUGCAUAGCAGAGUGAGACUAUAGGCGCCGCUUUUCCGACGGCGGCGGCGACGGCGGCGGCGGCGUCAACACCAAAUCUUAACCUGAGGUUAAGUUUUUGAAAUGACAGCAUUACUUAGAAAGUAUAUGGACCUAGAUCAUGAAACUUGGCCAUAAGGUUAAUCAAGUAUUACUGAACAUCCUGCCUGAGUUUCAUGUCACAUGACCAAGGUCAAAGGUCAUUUAGGGUCAAUGAACUUAGACCAUGUUGGGGGAAUCAACAUCAAAAUCUUAACCUAAGGUUAAGUUUUUGAAAUGUCAUCAUAACUUAGAAAAUAUAUGGACCUAGUUCAUGAAACUUAUACAUAAGGUUAAUCAAGUAUCACUGAACAUCCUGCAUGAGUUUCACAUCACAUGAUCAAGGUCAAAGGUCAUGUAAGGUCAAAGAACUUUGGCCACGUUGGGGGUAUUUGUUGAAUUGCCAUCAUAUCUCUAUAAGUGUAUUGGUCUAGUUCAUAAAACGUGGAAAUAAGAGUAACCAAGUAUCACUGAACAUCUUGUGCGAGUUAUAGUAGUUUUCAAAAUCAGCACUGCUGCUAUAUUGAAUUGCGUGAUGCAGGUGAGACGGCCAGAGGCAUUCCACUUGUUUAAUGUUCAGCCUAGAUUUUGGUUAUCAUGUAUAUAAAUAUGUAGAUCACAUUGUCAAUACCUUCACCUUUACAGUUGAUUUUAUACUUCUUUAAAUUUUAUUAUGGAAUCUUGUUAUUUACAUGUUUACUGAUAAAUCAUGUAUGUUAUCUGACAUGGACAAUGUUAAAAGCGACUUCUAUUUUAAUACAGUGGUAUCUAAAAUAUUUGUACUCCAAGUUAUUAUUACAAGUCAAUUGAAUAGCUUCAUUAGUUCUUUUUAUAUAUGCAUUUGUUCAUGGAUGGCUCCAAUGAUACUAUUCAUUCAUUUUACUCAGCCUAUUACAAGUUUUAGAUAUUUUAAAAUGAUAGUCAUGGGUAGGAAAUACACCUGAAAAUAUGCAAAAUAAUGUAUGGUAUAUAACAUUUUAAUCAGGUAUACAUGUUUUAAAUGAAAUUUUAAAUGAUAGUUAUUUAUAUAUAAUUAUUCGGUGGAAAAUUUCUUUUGAUGAUUUAUGUUUUGACUUUUGAGAAAGUUCACCUGUAUGUGGAGCUCAUUCUUGCAGUUUUAAUUCAGUGUACAGUAUAUUGUUAAUUUUUGAGUGAUUUUGAUAGAGACUGAAAUCAUGUCUCUAAAUUCUAUUCUAUUACCAUUCUUUAAAGUUUAUAUAUCUUUAUUCCAUCCAUUUCUGCACAAAGGGUAAUAGCUUUGCUGGUAUAUUCAUUAUGUAAAUCACCUUGAUGUCUUUUAGAAAUUGUAUGUGUCUGUGAAAAUAAUUGAUUGUAAUCAUGUGUGUAUUCAAUAUAAGCUCAUCAAUCUAUACACAUUCUUGGGUAUAAGAGGAUUUUUGAAGGUUUCCAUGGUGGUAUGUACAAUCAUGGAAGAGUUUUACACUAUUUUUUUUAUAUCCACACAUGUGAAGCAUACCUAUAUUUAUCAGUCUAUGGAAGAAAUAGUUAAUGUUUAAUUAAUGAAUGCCAAGAAGAAAUUUGCCAAUACAAUCAUAAAUUUAACCCAGGUUUGUAUUAUUCAUUUAUGUUUGAAAUAUGAUCAUAGCAAGGCUCCACACUAACUUUUUUUCUUGACGGCUAGAUCGUUCCACCAAAGUCGUUAAUUUCAUAUUUUUGUGGCCCUAAAACAAUAGAAAACAUUACAAUUCAUCAAAACUUUGGGAGACCAAUCAGGCCACAAAGUGUGGGCUUCUAUAGAAUUUUGGUGGCCCUACAUUCAUUUUUAGUUGCCCUGGGCCAUUGGGCCAUUGCUAAUGUCGAGCGCUGAUUAUAGGAUAAAGUAUAAGAAUGCAUGUACUUAAUCAUAGCUUAGACGCACAUAAACUACUGCCCCCUCAGUUUUUUUGUUUAGAUUUAUUUCUUUGUCAACAGAUAUUACCUCAGUAUGAUGAACAAUAAAAUGAUAAAAUCUACCGUUCAACAUGUUAUUACCAAUACCAUUCUGGAACUGUGUUGUCCAUUUUCAAAUGUCUUAUAAAAUUUCAGUAAAUUAGUGUACUGGUAAUAAUGAUAAAAUGUGUUUAUUUAAAAAGAAUUAUUUACCCAGGGUAGCCAUUUUAGUAACUUUACCAGCGGUUCCAUGACAUUUGCUCUGGUGACAAUUACUCCUAUGGAAAAUCUUAGUGUUAAACCGAACAUAAAACAUAACCUCCCAAACUAAAUAAACCCUAUUUCUUAUCUUUACAUUGUUUUGAAACAAAAAACUCUAUUACAAUCCUAAUUCUAACCCUAUGUCACAGGAGCAAAUGUUGUGUCACCAUACCAGUGGACCCUUUAUAACAUCUUAUUAUUAUUAACCUUCUGCAAUAUGCUGAACACCAGACUAGAAGGCAAUUAUUUAUAAAAUGAGGUGGCUUGGAUUUGAACACAUAAUCUGCUAUUCAUUAGGUUACAACUGAUUACUUGGUAAAACUUUACUAUAAUUAGAAUGAAUUGAUCUCUUAGCAGGGAAAAAAUUACACGAGGGAUGGGGAUGAUUUAGCCCCCAAAAUGCUAUAAGAAAAUUGGAAAUCCCCAUUCAUUGCAAUGUUAAAGCUUAUCCAAUGUUGCAGAUUUAGGCAGUAAGUUGUGAAAAUAAGCCCCUUAAAUUUUUUUCAGAAUCACCCGAUGGACAUCCAUUAAAAGCUUUGGCUUUAAAAUAUGUCAUCAUAUGUCAGGUAUAUCUUGUUUAACUGGUUUUCAAAUAGGUAGCAUCAAACCAGUGAAUGCUUGAUAACAACACUUUAUUAAUACUUAUUUUUAGUAUGACAAGUCAGUCCUUGCCAUUAUUGAUAUUCAGAAAAGGAAUUGCUGCAUUCAUGUACAAUUUUUUUUUAUCAACAAGCUAUCUGCUAUACACAAUGAACUACCAAUUUCGUUUCAAUGUCAGUUACAUUUUACCCAGUUGUAAGCCAAAAUCAUUUUUUUUCCUAAGUGUUAUAAUUGUAAUUAUAUUUCCUGAAUACUUUAGAACAUUCCACCACAGGUGCUAUUGUGAUCUGGUUUUCUUUUGAUAGAAAGACAACCAUUCAAUAAAACACAGUAACGUGUGGAAGUAAA